AUGAGGUCUAUCCCGGGAUACCAUUACGAUCCGGAAAAGAAGAAAUAUUUUAAAAUUCAGCCUGGACAUACAGCACAAAGUGGGUCGAAAUAUUCGGAAGCUGAGGUCAAGAGACGAGAGAAGCAGUUCACAAAAAGGAAGCAGAAAGAUGUAUACCAUGAACGCACGCGGCUUGAAAGAGUUGAAAGAGCGAAAAUACUCGGCCUCCCCAUCAUUGGUUCUCUUGGAGUUGAAUUGGAAACGGGGCGCCGCAAGGCACCAAGUAGAGAUACCCUCAACCAAAGAACUAUAGCUUGUGCCAGUCUUAUGGAACCCCGCCAGCUUGUCAAUCUUGGCUAUAGAGGAAAACACUACUGCCAUCAGUUUGCACGAGAUCCAAGGACUGGAAUAAUUCUCACGGCCCUCAAGCCAACAAGUACAUCCAAUUUUAGCGCAUUUCGACCCAUAUCGCCGGACAGACCAUGGAAAUAUGAUGAACAUGUCGAUAAGGGCAUAAUUGAACUCAACCAUCGUGAAUGGAUUAUUGCUCUUUCAAUAAACCACACGGGACAUGUGCUAUCUCUCGAUAUCAUUUAA